CAAAAGAAGAAGAAAGCCCGAGGAGAAGAAGAACUGGGUCAUUCUUCUGAGCCCGAGUCCGUCUGGACCAAGCCAGGACGAUGAGCACCUGGGAAACGUUUUGUUAAGGGAUUAGCUGAGAGACCGUCUCCCGAAUCAGCCAUGUUUGCUGUUUACGUCUUUCUUCUUUGUUGGUGUCAUCGCAGCAGCGCUGAUGAAGCAGAGCUGGCUCCACCGAGGGACGUGAACAUGGUGACGUUGAACACACAUUACUCCCUGAACUGGGUCUGGGACCAGAGUGCUGCAGAAGCUAACACCGUCAACUUCACUACAGAAUAUUUAUCGAAGUACAGGCUGAAGAGGAAGUCUCCAACCUGGUCCACCGCAUGUGAAGCAACAUCAGCUCGAUCAUGUGACCUCACACAGUUCAACCUCCACUAUCUGGCGAUCUACAUGAUCCGUGUACGAGCCAGCGUCAACGGGCGUCACUCCAGCUGGGUGUCCGUGGAGUUCUGUCCUGAUAAAGAUGCUCGUGUUGGUCCUCCAUCCAAAGUCGAACUUACUCCGGAUGAAAGUGCCUUUCAAGUUUCCAUCUCUGACCCUCUGACCAGCAUCAACACCUCCAUGAGGGAGCAUCUGCCGGAUCUCUACUACCAUAUUCUUUACUGGGAACGCUCAGUGGAGGGACAGGCUUUGCCCCAGCAUAUGCUGAGCAAGAAGGUCAACGUGGUGAACGUGUUGGACCUGAAAGCCUGGACCCGGUACUGUGUGAGCGUCCAGACCCGAUACGACUUCUACAACAAGAGCAGCUGCUUCUCGCCACCAGUGUGUGUGCAGACUGAAGGUGCUGUGCGCUGGUGGCAGAUCACUGGAUACUUCCUGGGCGCUCUGAUGGUCUGCUUCCUGGUAGUGCUGAGCUCCACCUACGGCUCCUUCUGGUGCUUUAAAACCUGCAAGGACAUGUUUUUCCCAAAGAUGUCCUCUGGCCUCAAAGAGUACCUUUUUGACCCACUUGGCUCUGACUUUCCUCACCUCAUCUCGGAUUCAGAGCCGGAGCUUCUGUGUGUUAACGUGACCAUCUGCCCAAAGCCAGAUGUCCUAGAAACCUACAGCCUUCCAGCGCGGGACUUCCCAGCAGCCCAGUCCGGCUUGGAGUCAGACAGCAGUGGCAGACACAGCCGUCAGGACAGCAGCACCAGUGGAGAUUCUGGGGUUUACUCCGCGGGAGGGAACUCCAGCGCACCGCCCGACACCAGUCAGUCCUUCACGGCUACAGACGGCAGCUGGAAGAGGUCCUUUAGCCCCGAGCGGGUGAAGAUGCAGGAGAUGGAGCCGAAGCUCUGCAGUGGACCUGCGGUGAUGGACGAGGGCGUCUUGGACCUGUGCGUCUGAACAGGACUGGACUCAGGAAGAUGGAGGUCUCUUCCUCUCCUGACUUUAUGAAGCAAGCUGAGCAGGACGCUGUCUGUCCUGGACAGAAGACAUAAGACUGAUGUGUCUUCAGAGGAAAGAACACCUCACUGCUGACUUCCCUCUGCCUCCAGGUCUAAAGAUCCAGGUCCGGAUUGGGACCAGAUCCUCCAACUAUCUAGCGGAAAGUGUAUGAUAGAUUCCCGUCUUCGUGCUCCCUGUGAUUUGUGAGGCGUUUAAAUGUGACUGUGGCUCAGAAGUUAAUCUUUCUUGGUUUGCAUUAAUGUGCUUCAGCUGCUUUAAUGAGUGCACCACAGAAUUAGCAUUAAUUAAAGACUGAAUGUGAGGAUUA